AAUCAUUACCUAGCAACCAAGGUACCAUCUUUGAGCCUCCCUUCAACACCCUUUUGGCCCUUUAUUCUUCAACGGCAUAAAGGGUUUAAAUUCUGUGUUGUUGUUGUUGGAGGUUGAAACACAAGUUACUACUAAGUUAUAAUCUUAAAUUUCACAGAGCAAGAGUAUUAUAUGACCAAAUAUUUUAAUAUUUUAGGACUAGAUAUUUUGCUACUCUUAGCAAUUUUUCUCUUCUCCUUCUGGUUCUCAUCUUUUGUGUUCUUCUUUGUGUCUUCUCUCUCUGAGGAGUUUUCUAUUCUAGUUCCUGGAAGCACCAGGAACCUGACCCAACAAACCCUUGUCUAAAGCUUCAUUUUUGAGUCCCAUGGCAACUAGGGUGUUAUCAGAAUGUGGCUUGAAGCCUCUUGCUCCAGUAUUUCCCAGGCCCAGAACUGGGGUUGUUUUGUCUAGCACCUCAAAGGUUGGAUUUUUGGACACAAACAAUAUUCAGUUUCAACCUUUGAGGUGUGGCCUUAGGGAGAGAAAUUGGGGGUUGAAAGUGAGUACCCCUUUGAGGAUUGCACCUAUUGAAGAGGAGCAAAAUAAUGUUGGUGUGUUGAAUGAGACUAGUGGCGUUGAGCACGAGAAGCUUCUUCCAGAAUUUGACCCUGGUGCUCCACCACCUUUCAACUUGGCUGAUAUUAGGGCAGCAAUUCCAAAGCAUUGCUGGGUGAAGGACCCUUGGAGGUCCAUGAGCUAUGUGGUGAGGGAUGUCAUUGCUGUCUUUGGUUUGGCAGCUGCUGCUGCUUAUCUCAAUAAUUGGUUGGUUUGGCCUCUCUAUUGGGCUGCUCAAGGCACUAUGUUUUGGGCUCUGUUUGUUCUGGGUCAUGAUUGUGGUCAUGGAAGCUUUUCAAACAACCCCAAAUUGAACAGUGUUGUUGGGCAUCUGCUGCAUUCUUCAAUUCUAGUGCCAUAUCAUGGAUGGAGAAUCAGUCAUAGGACUCAUCACCAAAAUCACGGCCACGUUGAGAAUGAUGAAUCUUGGCAACCGUUGCCUGAGAAAUUAUUCAGGAGUUUGGACACUGUAACACGUACGUUAAGAUUCACAGCUCCUUUUCCGCUGCUUGCAUACCCUGUCUACCUUUUUGGUAGGAGUCCUGGGAAGACUGGUUCUCACUUUGACCCUAACAGUGACUUAUUUGUUCCCAAAGAAAGAAAAGAUGUGAUUACUUCCACGGCUUGUUGGGUUGCUAUGUUGGCAUUGCUUGUUGGAUUGGGGUUUGUAAUGGGUCCAAUUCAACUUCUUAAGCUCUAUGGUGUUCCCUAUGUGGUCUUCGUUAUGUGGUUGGAUUUGGUGACUUAUUUGCACCAUCAUGGUCAUGAAGACAAAUUACCUUGGUAUCGUGGAAAGGAAUGGAGCUACCUUAGGGGUGGUCUAACUACUCUUGAUCGUGAUUAUGGAUGGAUCAAUAACAUUCAUCAUGACAUUGGAACUCAUGUGAUUCAUCACCUAUUUCCUCAAAUUCCACACUAUCACUUAGUUGAGGCUACUGAGGCAGCUAAACCAGUGAUUGGAAAAUAUUAUAGAGAACCAAAGAAAUCAUCUCCUCUUCCUUUUCACCUUAUUGGGGAAUUAAUAAGGAGUUUGAGGACUGAUCAUUUUGUUAGUGACACAGGGGAUGUUGUGUACUAUGAAACCGACCAUAAGAUUAAUGGCUCAUCCAAAUCAGAGUGAAGAUUAUUAUUUUUUAUAGAAAAGAUCACAAAAGAGACUUAUAUACAAUUUUUAAGAGUCUCUUGAGUUUCUACUUAAGUUACUGCACUUCUUAGAGUUGAAUCCUUCAUUAAUAAAGGGAUGAAUGGAUUAUAUAUAUUUUCAUUGUAACUGCAUGGUAAGAUGUUUAGGCUAUAUGUAAUUUAUCCUUCUUGAAUAGUGAAUUCUCUGUAUAAAUUGAUUAUUUUUAUUGAAGUUAUACUUGAGUCUU